AUCCCGCGUCUCUCUUGGAAUCUCUGUGGGCAAUUUUCCCGAGAAACAAACAGAAGAGGAAGGAAAAUCGCCCUACAAAAAGAAAAAAAAAAAGCAAAAAGAAAAUGAUAGAAAACUGAUCAAAGCUCACGGAAUUUGUGAACUUUUCGCCCAAUUUCUCCGCCAGUGCUCGAAAUCGAAUGGAUCAAAGAAAGAGUGAUUGGAGAAUCUACAUCGUCACGGCUCUGUUUCUGUCAUGCAUCAUCUCCGGUGGAAUGUUUCUCGGCCUCUACCUUUUUCUCCCGAAUCCGAGCCCUUUGUUUCUUCAAGCGGGGAUGAUCUUCGUCGGAUUUCCAUGGCUCUUCUGGUUCAUGGGCUAUCUCUACACGUGCGUAAUCAGGCCCUGUACGGACCAGAUUCCGCGGGAGCAGGGCAAGAGCGUUACCAAUGUCGAUCCGGAGAAGGGCAACAACAACAACGACAACAAGAACAGCAACACGACGGUGUCGGAAAACACCACGUCAGAGGCGGCGGAUGGCGAGGAGAGGCACGUGCAGUUCGGGAACGUGACGGUGAUUGGGAGUGGCGAUGGGAUUGAUCAAGCUAAAAGACAAGAACAUGUCGGGGAAGAAGAAGAAGAAGAAAAUGGCAGAGUGAUUGUGAGAGGAGGUGAUGGAGGAGAUCAUGAUAGUAAUGUUGAUGAUCGAGACGAAAAGGGGUCUGAUUUUUCUGGGGAUUGCGAUAAAACGCCAUUGAGAUUAUCGGUUACGAAUGCAUCAUAUCGGGAUUAGGACCGUUGUUCGAACAGAUUGAUUGGUUAGGGUUUACUUAACAUUGCUUUUUUCAUGAAUCUGCAUGAAUAUAUAUAUAUACACACACACACACAUCGAUCUGGUUUUGUUGUUUGGGAAGAAAGGCUUUGU